GCAGUUCUCGCUUUGCAGCUUCAUUCUCGUCGCAACGAGAUCUUUCGAGAUCUUCUCCGCCCCCGCUACCCGGCGCCUUCACUGUGGCCGCUCAGCCGGAGCCGGCCUGGGCAGCACGCUCCGUAGCGGAUCCAUUUAAGAGGACCUAGGCCCUCGCGUGGGCACCCCCGCGUCCCCACUAGCAUCGAUCCCCUGGCCUACGCGGCCCAGUCUCCGCGCGCCAGCCCCGCCGGGGUCUGUGUCCUGUCUCGCCGGCCGGACCCGGGCUCGAGCCCGAGCUUUAGCUAGCGCCAUGUCGGUGGUAGGCAUAGACCUCGGCUUCCAGAGCUGCUACGUUGCUGUGGCACGCGCCGGUGGCAUCGAGACCAUAGCUAAUGAGUACAGCGACCGCUGCACACCGGCUUGCAUUUCUUUUGGUCCCAAGAAUCGUUCAAUUGGAGCAGCAGCUAAAAGCCAGAUCAUUUCCAAUGCAAAGAACACAGUCCAUGGAUUUAAAAGAUUCCACGGCCGAGCAUUCUCUGAUCCGUUUGUGGAGGCAGAAAAAUCUAACCUUGCAUAUGAUAUCGUGCAAUUACCCACUGGACUAACAGGUAUAAAGGUGAAAUAUAUGGAGGAAGAACGAAAUUUUACCACCGAGCAGGUGACCGCCAUGCUCCUGUCCAAACUGAAGGAGACAGCAGAAAGCGUUCUUAAGAAGCCUGUGGUGGACUGCGUUGUCUCGGUUCCUUCUUUCUAUACUGAUGCAGAAAGACGAUCAGUGAUGGACGCAACACAGAUUGCUGGACUCAAUUGUCUGCGACUGAUGAAUGACACUACUGCAGUUGCCCUUGCAUAUGGAAUCUAUAAGCAAGAUCUUCCUGCUUUAGAAGAGAAACCAAGAAAUGUAGUUUUCGUAGACAUGGGGCAUUCUUCUUAUCAAGUUUCUGUAUGUGCAUUUAAUAGAGGAAAACUUAAAGUUCUCGCCACAGCAUUUGACACAACACUGGGAGGCAGAAAAUUUGAUGAGGUGUUAGUAAAUCACUUCUGUGAAGAAUUUGGAAAGAAAUACAAGCUAGACAUAAAGUCUAAAAUCCGUGCAUUAUUACGACUGUCACAAGAGUGUGAGAAACUCAAGAAAUUGAUGAGUGCAAAUGCUUCAGACCUCCCUUUGAGCAUCGAAUGUUUUAUGAAUGAUGUUGAUGUAUCUGGAACUAUGAAUAGAGGCAAGUUUCUGGAGAUGUGUGAGGAUCUCUUAGCUAGAGUGGAGCCACCGCUUCGUAGUGUUUUGGAACAAGCCAAGUUAAAGAAAGAAGAUAUUUAUGCAGUGGAAAUAGUCGGUGGUGCUACGCGAAUCCCUGCGGUGAAGGAGAAGAUCAGCAAAUUCUUUGGGAAGGAGCUCAGCACAACACUGAAUGCCGAUGAAGCCGUGACGCGAGGCUGUGCACUGCAGUGUGCAAUCUUAUCGCCUGCUUUCAAAGUGAGAGAAUUUUCUAUCACUGAUGUAGUACCAUAUCCAAUAUCUCUGAGAUGGAAUUCUCCAGCUGAAGAAGGGUCAAGCGACUGUGAAGUCUUUUCAAAAAAUCACGCUGCUCCUUUCUCUAAAGUACUCACAUUUUAUAGAAAGGAACCUUUCACUCUGGAGGCCUGUUAUAGCUCUCCUCAGGAUUUGCCCUAUCCAGACCCUGCUAUAGCUCAGUUUUCCGUUCAGAAAGUCACUCCUCAGUCUGAUGGCUCCAGCUCAAAAGUCAAAGUCAAGGUUCGAGUAAAUGUCCAUGGCAUUUUCAAUGUGUCCAGUGCGUCACUAGUGGAAGUGCACAAGUUUGAGGAGAAUGAGGAACCGAUGGAAACUGAUCAGAAUGCAAAGGAGGAAGAGAAGAUGCAAGUGGACCAAGAGGAACCACAUGUUGAAGAGCAACAGCAGCAGAUGCCAGCAGAAAAUAAGGCUGAGUCUGAAGAAAUGGAGACCUCCCAGGCUGGAUCAAAAGACAAAAAGAUGGAUCAACCACCUCAAGCCAAGAAGGCAAAAGUGAAGACCAGUACUGUGGACCUCCCAAUUGAGAAUCAGCUGCUAUGGCAGAUAGACAGAGAGAUGCUCAACUUGUACAUUGAAAAUGAGGGUAAGAUGAUCAUGCAGGAUAAGCUGGAGAAGGAGCGGAAUGACGCCAAGAACGCGGUGGAGGAGUACGUGUAUGAGAUGAGAGACAAGCUCGGCGGGGAGUACGAGAAGUUUGUGAGUGAAGAUGAUCGUAACAGUUUUACCUUGAAACUAGAAGAUACUGAAAAUUGGUUGUAUGAAGAUGGAGAAGACCAGCCAAAGCAAGUUUACGUCGAUAAAUUGGCUGAGUUAAAAAACCUAGGUCAGCCUAUUAAGAUAAGAUUCCAGGAAUCUGAAGAAAGACCAAAAUUGUUUGAAGAACUAGGGAAGCAAAUCCAGCAGUAUAUGAAAAUAAUCAGCUCAUUCAAAAACAAGGAGGACCAGUACGACCAUUUGGAUGCUGCUGACAUGAUGAAGGUGGAGAAAAACAUGAACGAGGCCAUGGAGUGGAUGAAUAAGAAACUGAAUCUGCAGAACAAGCAGAGUCUGACCGUGGAUCCAGUUGUCAAGGCAAAAGACAUUGAAGCUAAAAUUAAGGAGCUGAUGAGUACCUGUAACCCUAUCGUUUCAAAGCCCAAACCCAAAGUGGAGCCUCCGAAAGAGGAGCAGAAUAACGCCGAGCAGAACGGACCAGUGGACGGCCAAGGAGACAGCCCCGGCCCGCAGGCCGCCGAGCAGGGCGCGGACUCGGCUGUGCCCUCGGAAUCAGACAAGAAGCUUCCUGAAAUGGACAUUGAUUGACUCCAAUAAUUGUUUCUAUUAAAACAGACUGUUAUAAAGCUUUAAGUUGUCAACUUUGUUCUAAAUACCAACUAGAGCAGUCCAAUACUGGACAUUUCUUAGUUUUUAGGGGAUUUUGGGGGAAGGGAUAUAGAUAAUGUAUGGAGCAUUUUGACUUCUAAAUAGUUAGGUACAGAAAUUAAGUGCAUUCUUUUUCAUAAUGGUACUAUUUAGAAGUCCAGUUAGUCUUACUGAGCUUAUGCUUCACUCCUUUUAUGUUAAAUCAUGCUUAUACAAGAUAAGUUUGUUUUGGGAAGUUGAGCUAUAGCAAAAACUGUAACUGGCUAUCAAGCAGACUUUUUGUUAUGACAUAAAUGGCAGGAACCCUGACCGUGCUUCAGAAGGCGGUGGUGGACAUUUCCACGAAGUCGCCCCGCCUGGUGUGGGGAUGGGGGCGGGGCCUCCCUCUCCCCGAGGGCCAGAGCAUGGCAUGGCGUGGGUUGAUAGAACCGCACACGUGUGCUCUGCGCGGCUUCCCACUGCGUUUCUGCUCCACUCCCACCCCGCCCUUAGCCCCUGCCCGCGUAAAGGAGCUCCCUUACAAGUGCCAUGCGCUGUUCCUGUGAAAAUAGGCCCCUUCGCCUGGAGCAAGUUGACGGAGGAUUUUGUUGAAGACCUGGAGGUCCUUCCUGAGAAAGCAUGUUCCUGACAAUGUACGUUCCACUGAUACAGGCAUGAUCAAUUUACCUGAGGGGUUGAUUCUUAAUUAUGGUGUAAAGAUUUGUAUCCUGGCCUGCCUGCUUAUUCAGCUGAGAGAUGUUCUGUAAACGAGGUAUAAUUUGAAGUCCUAGGACCAGAGGGGUGUUUUUUUUUUUUUGGUUUUUUUUUUGUAGCUCAUUCAGUCACUUGUGUGUUGUAUUAACAUCUGUCAUGAAUCUGCCUGUUCUGUACUGUUAACAGCUGACAGACCAUACAAAAAACCAGAUACACUGGCUUGUACUGGGUGGCUCAAACUAGAGUUACAGGAGUGUGGGGCUUGCCUUGAGCAACGCCUUAGGGCUCCCUGCAGCAACAUCAGGGCACCGAAGCAUUUUCUGUCACUGCCCUGAGGGCGGGGACAGGGACAGCAUUGAUGGGGGAGGCAUUUGGAAACUCCAAGCGAAGCCUUUAUUAGAGGCCAGAGCUGGUGCUUGACUUAGACACUGUUAAAAGCUUUGUUGGUUCCAUUUUUGAUCUUUGUAAUUACUUACUGUAUAACAGAGUGUGUCUCUGUUUAUUUUGGCCUAUGUUGUUAGAAAUACAAUUAUACUUUGUGUAUUUAGAGUAAGUUUCUGCCCAUCUGUGCACUGAAAAGUUGUAGGGUAUUAAAACUGCUGCAGAGACGCAUGGCUCAGAUCAGAGGAGGAUGCGGGUGCGCGCGCAUUUGUGCGUAAGCCUGCGUGGGAGCCAGGAGUUGGCCCUGUCCUUGGAGCAUCCUCUCCCUGUCACGUUUGGCGAGUUCCCACAGGCCGGCUGGGAGGCUGCGAGCUACUUCAGAGUGCUGGCUGUAGGGUUAAGCCACUUCCUGUGCAACGGAGUCCUUACCAGCCAUCUCUAAUUUUUUUUUUUUUUUU